GGCGGGACAGGCAGCGGCAGCGCUGGAAUCCGGCUGCUAGGCACGCCGUCUCCUGAGUACUAUGCGAUUCGGUCGAUCGUCUACGGCCACUUUGUGAGCGUAUGAGGAGGGCGAAGAUAUGGUCCUUCAUUUUUUCAAGUUGCUUGGUGGCGGAGAUGCGAUCAUUCUUUUCUCAUGCUGCUUGAUGGCAGUGGUGUGGCGAUAUGAUCUGCGGGGGUCCCCUUUAAAAUCAACUUUUGUUUUGCAUGUCGAAAUUGUUGUUAUUCCCCCUUUUGUCCACGCAUACAGUCGCAUAUUCACGUUUAAUUCCUUCAUUCUCUCACACACCAAAUACAAUUCAAAUUACAAUGUCACUAUCGCGCAACCAUGCCGCCCUCCUCAAGGAAAUUGACACGGCGCGCUGCGUAGGGCGGUGGCAGGCGCUGGCGGCGCUGGCAGCAAAGUACGCCAAGCACAACUCGGCAGGCCAGGGGUUUGCCAGCAUCGUCGCCUGCGAGGCGCGGCUCGAGGAGCUGCUGCUGGACAUCCCGUGGGACACGCGCGCGCACUGGCACGACGAGGCGGCGCCCGUCGAGGGCAGCGCAAACAGGCUGCGCAUGCACUUUCCCAAGCACCUGUCGGCGCCAUCGGCGGCGCUGGAGCCUCUGGAGAAGGAGGUGCGCGGCAUUGCGGGCAUGGCGCUGAACGACGAGGAGCGGUUCCAGCAGCAGGUGAUUGCCGCCAAGAUCCGCUUCUACGGAGGCCACUACGACGCCGACACCGACGCCGGCGCGGACGAAGAGCCCGGCUCGCGCGAGCCGCCGACGUUUGUGCUGUCGCCCGCGUACGGGAAGCAGCUGGCGGUUGCGCGGCGCGUCAUGCGCGGCGUGGCGCUCGAGAGGCGCGGCGAGCUGGCGGCGGCGCGCGCCGAGUACGCACAGGGCGUGCGCGAGUUUUCAGCGUGCAUCGACGAUGCCGGCUGCGCGGUGGUCGUCGUGCCGCGCAGCAGCGGGGCGCACGAGGAGCUGGUCAACUGGCCCGAGGAGGCGCUGUACCGGCGCGCCAUGGCCGGCGUGUCGCUGGGCGAGCCCGGCGCGCUGGCCGACCUGGGCGGGUACCUGCGGCAGAUGGACGCGGCGGCGCCGCACGCGUUCCGCGCCAUGCGGCGGCUGCGCGCCAACCGCGUCUACGGCGACGGGCUGCGCGCCGGCGGCGGCGCGCCGGUGGACGAGCGCGUGCGCGUGCACUCGCGACAGAUGGCGCUGCUGCGCGCGGCGUUCGCGUUCCCGCGCGCCGACGAGACGCACGGCGAGGUGCUGGCGGCCGUCGACGCCGCCGCCGGCGAUCUGCUGGGCACGGCGCCGCGCGUGCUGGCCGGGCUGCUGGGCGCGGCCGUCGAGCUGACGUUCAAUGCGCCGCGCGUGCUGCGGCACCUGGUGGCGGCGCUGGAGCGCGCCGGCGACUUCCACGAGGCGGCGCUGGCGCUGCGCACGUACGAGCAGGUGGCCGAGCGCCAGGUCAAGAAGGCCAGCAAGCGCGCGGCGGCGGCCGCCGCCGACGCUGACGCCGACGCCGACACCGUGCGCCUGGUGGCCGACGUGCUGGCCGCCUGCGCCGACGGCGCGCGGCUGCGGCUGCUGCGGCUGGACGACGCGCACGGCGCGCUGGCGCUGGUGCACUUUGCGCAGGCGGCCGUGGCCGGCGUCGGCGCCGGCGCCGGCGCGCACCCCGAGCUCGCCGCCGCCGUGCGCGCGACGCGGGCGCCGCUGGCGCUGUGGAAGGGCGCGGCGCACGCGCGGCUGGCCCAGCGCAGCCGCGAGCCCGGCAACCGCGCCGACCACCACGCGGCCGCCGUGCAGCUGCUGCGCCAGGCGGCCGCCGACGACGACGCGGCGGCCGACGCGCACUUCCACCUGGCGCUGGAGCUGGCGCUGGGCGCGCGCGACGUGGCGGGCGCGACCGUCGCUGCCAAGCGCGCCGUGGCGCUGGACGCGCGGCGGCUGGACGCGUGGCACCUGCUGGCGCUGCUGUCGUCGGCGCGCAAGGACGACGCGCAGGCGCUGCGCGUGUGCGACGUGGCGAUGCGCCAGAGCGCGUGGGCCGGCGUGCUCGAUGCCGUGGCCGCCGGGUGCGAGCCGCCGCCGCAGUUCCCGGCCGACGUCGAUGCCGGCGCGCAGUUCUUCGACGUUGCCGUGACGCGCAUGGCCGUCGAGGCGCGGCUGCGCGGCCACGAGGCCAGCCUGGCUGCGCAGCCGCAGCUGUUUGCGCUGUACGGCUGCGUGUUCGGCGGCGUGCUUGCCGGCGAUGGCGACGGCGACGGCGACGGCGACGGCGAUGCCGCAUCGGCCGGCGCGGCCAAUGCGGCUGCGGCCGCCCGGUCGCAUAGCUCGGGGCGCCGGUCGCUGGCGCGCUCGCUGCUGUCGCGGUCGGCCAUCUCGCGCUCGGUCCUUUCGCGCUCGAUCUUUUCGCACCACAGCCGCGUCAACUCGCACGGCGCCAUGCCCCACGACGCGCGGCCGCCCGUGCCGCCACUGCCUCCGCUUGAUGCCGACGGCGCUGUGGCCUCGCCUGUGCGCCGCCGCUCGAUGCCGCACCUGCGCGCCAGCCUCAGCAGCGAUGCGGCGCCGGCGCCGACGCCCGAGGCCUUCUUCGACUCGCUCCCGGCCGGUGUCUCCCGCUGCGCGCUCGUCGAGAACGACGGCGCCUCGGCGUCCGCGUACUUUUCGCCGGUGGCUACGCGGCGCGCGCACCACAAGCGGCUGGCGCAGCGCGCGCUGUGUCUGCUGUGGCUGACAUCGGCGUCGGCCUUUGUGGCGCUGCAGCGGCUGGACGACGCGGCCAACGCCGUGGCCGAGGCGCUGGCCGCGUGUCCUGACUCGCCCGAGGCGCUGACGCUGCGCGGCCAGCUGCACCUGGCGCGCAACAGCCAUUUGUCGGCGCUUAACGACUUCCACGCGGCCGUGUCGCUGGAGCCCACGCAUAUCCGGGCGUCCGUGUGCCUUGCGCGCGCCGAGUAUCUGCUUGCGCGCAAGGACGUUGCGCUGGGGCUGUUGAAGAACAUCACCAGGGCGCAUGGGUGGUCGGAUCCGGAGGCCUGGUACUGGCUGGGCCGCUUGGAGCGCGAGCUGGCCGCCGAGGACAAUGCCGUUGAUGUCGACCUGCCCAUGCUGCGCCGCGCCCUUGCGUAUACUGCGUAUGCGCUGGAUCUCGAGACGUCGCAGCCUGUGCGCCCGUUUGCGAUCCUGCGCCCGUAAAGAUUAGUUUCCGAUUAACACGAUCAAGGUGCUCUGCGAAACUGUGUGUGGAUCAGCUUGCAUUUUACGUUCGAUUUUUUUUUUGGCAUACUGUCGGUUUUGGCUCCUCUCUCUUUCUCCUUU